GAAGAAUCAAAUCAGGAAACUGUCAUCGAUCGCUCGAAUAUCUCAUUUUUCUGAUCUGCUUUGCCUAAGUCUCAUUCAAGAUGCCCGCUACCACUGCGUCCCUUCCACCCAGCUCAGCCCUCCAGAAUAUACUCAACACACAAACUCCUACACCCCCCAAUACUCCUCACCCAGCCCACCUCCACCAUCUCGCAAGUGCCAUCCUCCAAAAUCUGCAGUUCCAACAUGACUGGACCUCCCUAACUUUGCACACCCACUCAACCGUCACUAAGCUUCCCCUCCCUCGACCUUUGAUAUCCGGACUCCCUCCCCGCCGCGCUUAUAUUCAUCCCGACGAACAAGUAGAAAUCCUCAAAGCCGAGCAUGAGACUGGAGAAUCUAUUGCACAAUUCCCCGAGCGUGAAUGGGUCUUACCAACACACUUGGACGAGAAAUGGAAUUUGGCACGGUUCGCGGAGGUUUUUGAUGCAGUAGGAACGGUACCUGAGGGGAAAGGAGCUGAGGGGAGGAACGAGAGUGCGGAGGAGAAGAAUAUUGUGGGUGCAAAGUGGCAGGGAGACAAUAGGCAGAAGAGGAUUCUUUUGGCGACUUUGCAUGAUGACAGUACGGUUGUGUACUAUAUCAUGCAUGAUGGAAUUGUAAAGCCGAGACAGAACUGAAAGACGUCUGAUUGGAAUGGCCAGCCCAGGAGCAAUCUGGAUAUCAUCAUGCCUCGAGCAUGAAUGCAGCGGCAGGGACCUUUAAAUUUCCAGCGUGCAUGAGUCCGAGACCUCGACAGCAAACCUAGAUACUCAGUUCCUUUAUUCAGCAGAGCCUACCCGUCAUCCCAGUACUUUCUCAUAAGUUCUGUUCAAAAAGCCGAAAUUUUCGGUAUAGCCAUGCGACAACAACAAGGCGCAUACUUCUCAUGCCAUUGUGCGGGAGAUUACACAGUAUAUCAAUGACGGUGCAGGUGACUUGGACAUGGCAAUAUGGAUUUAUACUCGAUAUCAAUCCAUCGAGAUCUGGCAUACUGGAACUAUGGUAUUCGAAUUCAACGGCAAUACCGACACCAUUCUUUCAUAUACAGAGUAUACACUGAGGAAUCAGUCCGCGGAGGCCGUUAAAAACGGAACAUGCAUGUCAUAAUCUUGUGGGUAGAUCUCAUACCGUCAUUACCCUCCAAGAAUUAGAGCGCUUUAGAUGCUUCGAGCUCGUGGGAAGAUACAUAGGACAUCAACAGCAGAACGAAUACGGAAUAAUCGAAAUAUAGAUGUGCUCCCAAUGAUCAGAUAUAUUCAACAAGCUCAUUAUAACACCUUCCCCGACAGUCCAUCUCACGGUCUCACCUGGGGUUUCAUAAAACGAAGCCAUGCCCUUCCCACCACGAAACAUCAUCAAGCGUAAGCUCGCGCCGUAGCUUAGUUCUCUUUACCAUCACUUGCAUCAUAGCCACUGUAAUAUUCGGAGCUCUCUCUACCCAGUACACUUUUAUCUGUGCAAGUUAUCUGAUAGAUUAGCAGCUGCAUCCAAUACAACAAAUUAAAUCCAACAU